GGGCGCUUUUCAGUCUGAAAAGUCGCGCCAUGUUUCAGGUGAAACUGUCCCACGUUUGCACAAUCGAGCAUGUGGCGUCUCGCAGUUUCUUGCCCCCUUUGCCCCCGGACGCGUCCUGUUGCGCCCGUUUCUUGCGUUUCCUGAAAAAGAUGAUCCUCAUCACUGAAAUCAACCCAAACAGCAUGAACUUUUUCAGGAGCACGGCUGAAAUCCUCGACGAGCGCCGACAACAGGUCAAGUCAGGGUCGUGGAUCAUUCACCCUUUCAGUAUUUUCAGACUCUACUACGAGAUUUACAUGGCGAUUGUGCUGUUCCUCUGGCUGAUUUAUCUGCCUUUGGACGCGUCCUAUGACAAUUAUCUCACGAAAGAAAUCUUCAUUAUUAAUUAUUGUUUCAAUGCGCUUGGAAUUGUCGAUAUUUUUGUGAAUUUUACAACGGGGUAUAAGAGCAAGAAGAAGGAGACGAUUGUAAUGAAGUGGUCGUCAAUCGCUUGUAACUACAUGUUUAGUUUUUAUUUUCUGGGGGACGUUUUAGCCCUCACUCCUGAAUUACCUGCUUAUGCGAAAAACCGCAAGCAUGACAGUUUACUCGACUUGUUAUCAUUGGCCAAAACUGUGCGAAUUUUCACCUACUUGAAUUAUUUGGAGACGCUUUUCAACUAUUUCAAAAUCAAAGCUGGGGCCCAAACUGUGGUGAAAAUGUUCACUUUGGCGUUUCUUCUCAUUCAUGAUCUCGCUUGUAUUUUUCCAAUGAUGGCAACUUCGAGUGAAAUUUUUGACACGUCUGGUAAAAUAGAGAUGAAACUUAAUCUGCACAUAAGCGAGGAAAAUCUGGCCACGGAUUUCAAAUCCUUGUACAUAAGAAACCUCUACACGGCCUGUUCCUAUAUUCUAGGGGUUGAUAUUCGAUUCAAAUUUCAUUAUCCUUGGUCGUUUUAUGUUACGGCCAUUCUUGGAUAUUUUAUCGGGAAGUUUUUGCUCCUUUUUGCCACAGUCGUAAUUUUCAACAUGCUGAAAAGCCGCAACAGUUUAGAGAUAAAAUAUUUCGCAAUGAUGAGCCAAGUCGACGACUACAUGAAAGCGAAAAAUUUCCCAAUCGUUGUACAAAAGCGCCUUCGGGAAUGCUACCUUUACAAAUACCGCGAAAAAUACUUCAAAGAACACGGAGUCAAAAAUUUUAUUUCCGAAAAACUCAAAAAAGAGAUCAAUUAUCACACAUGCCGUCGCUUGGUCAACAACGUCCAAAUUUUCCAAUCUCUAACACGCGAACUCGUCGAAGAAAUCCUCCACCACCUCAAACCCGAAAUCUAUCUCCCGAACGACAUCAUCGUCAAGGCGGGCUCUGAGGGCGACUGCAUGUAUUUCCUGGCUUCUGGAACUGUAGCAGUGGUCUCACCCUCAGGCAAAGAAAUUUGUCACCUCGAGGAUGGCGAUUAUUUCGGCGAGAUUUGUCUGCUUUACUCGAAUUUGAAACGGACGGCUAACAUAAUCGCGCUUGAAAUUAGCGAAGUGUACAAAUUGGACCGAAAAUCGUUCAAAAAAUCAAUGGAAAAUAAUUUACCUCUCUACAAGAAACUGCAAGCUGAUGCUAAGAAGAGAUACAGGGAGACAAGGGACAUAGAAAGGAUGAUUAUGACGGCUUCUCAUCGGCAGAUUUUCGACACGCAAUCGAUCGCAUCGAACAAUCAGUCAGCCAAUCUUUUUAACGUUAAUUAAUUUAUUCCAUUAAAUAAACUUAAGCCAAUAACUCGA